AGAUCUUUACUGCAGGUCAUAUUUUUCAUCCACAUGUUGCACAAGAACCGAGUUCAUCAGCCCGUGGGAUGAUUCAAGAGCCCAUAAUUCCCUGGCAUUCAAACAACUUGAGCCAUACUGAGCUGGGAAGUUCUUUUUUAUCUCUCCUUUCUGGACCACCAUCAUUGUUGCAAUGUGAUUUACAGGACCUGUCAAAUCCGAAGUCAUUCAGCACCUCUAGUAAAGUUCCAGUAAAUAGCAGCAGUGUCAUAGUUAGUGCUGCUGGAAGUGGGGUUUCAGUGGCUCCUAACGGGCUAUUAUCACAAAAUCUUUACAAUCGGAACUUGAAAGCUGGAAUAGAUCUUUGUCCAGUUGUUUCAUCCAGAGCAGCGGCGACUGGGAGUUGUCGCAGUGCUUCUGGUAUGCACGAUGUACUUCAGGCAGCAAAUUUAGAUGUUCAGAAAUCAGAACUUGCUAAGGCAGGCUUUCGUCUGAAUGUUCUUGCCAGUGAGAAAGCAAAGGGUUAUUCUUUCCCAAAUGGGGCAUUGUUUACCAGUUCUAGCCCAGCUAAUGUUGAGAAGCACCAUGGCAACAAUGUACAAGAAUCGCAAAACGUACCAUCAAAAUACAACUCUUCUGGUUUUCAUCAGUCAUCUUCUCUUACUAGUGGCUGCCCUCGUGUGUUUUGUUUGGGUGCAAGUGGGGAUUUGCUUCUCAGCAAUACUGGACUUCUUGGUGUGGUUUGCUCAUGUCAUGGUUUGCAUAUGUCCCUCUCCAAAUUUUCCAAGCAUGCUGGCUUACGUGAUGUUAACCCUGGGAAUACAGUUCACGUGGACAGUGGAGAAACUGUAGCGCAGUGGCGAAAGAUUUAUUUCCAUAAGUUUGGGAUUAGGGUUCCAGAAGAUCACAGCGGAUGGGACUGGCCGGAAGGAAUAUCAGAAAAUGCUGAAUCAGGGCGACACAGUGCGACAAUGCUCAACAUGUGUAAAAAUUCUGACCUUCCUAAUCAGGCUGGUCUCUUUGGGGCUUUACUAGGGUCUGGAGAGCCAUGGAGAAAUGUUGCAUCUCAAAAGAACUCUCUUAGUGGGCAGAGAUUGGUUAAUGAGGUUCUGUAUACUGAAAAACAGAGGACUGCUCAGGAUAGUUGCAAUUUUCUUUCCAAGAACUUCACUGGCAUGUCACAGUUCGAUUUGCAUACUGCAGCAGAUACCUCAAUCAUAGGGUCUCCUCUGCCUGGGUAUUCGGCAAUGUCAAAGUUAGUUAGUAUGAGAGGCCCUGAAAAUGGUUAUCAUUCCAUUGCUGCUUACACUGAUUCAAACCCAAAAAGUGGGAAUUCAUUCAUUUCCCUCCCAAAAUUGCGGAACUUGAAACUCCCUUGUGAAGUUUCUGAUGUCGGCAGAGUUAACAGUUCAUUUCUGGACAGAGAUACUGUUCCCUCGCACAUUGAGUUGAGACUUGGGCAACCAUCUCAGCAGAGUCAGACAUUUGGAAGUCCAAUUUUACAAGCUUUCGGAACUCAUUCGAUUGACACAAAUGGGGAUUCUCAGAAAUCACUUUUCCCAGAGCAGCUGAUGCCUAAAAGCAAUACCAGGGUAAUGGCGGAAGGCAGGCAAUAUCUUCAAUGUCCCAUUGGAACAUCAAAUCCCAGUGCAAGAAGAGAACAAAGCCCCCUGAACCUUGUGAACUAUGCAUCUAGAGUUCAUAACCCUAUAGAUGCUUCCGAGACAGAACAAUUUAAAGGUGAUGCAGCUAGGGGUUCAUUGAUUUCAAUGUUACUUCCAUGUUUAAAAAGGCCUGCUGAAGGAAAAAUUCAUUCUAAAGCUACUAAUAAUGUUACUGAUGCAAGCCAUGCUAUGUCUGGGAAGCUACAUUGUGGAUCUAUUGCCAAUUGUGGCCCCAUUAGUUUUCCAUGGAUUAGAGAUGAUAGAACAGGAAUGCAAUCUGAUGUUAAUGUAUAUGAUACUAACAAAUAUAUGAAUAAGGGCAAAGGAGUAGGUUGUGAUCCUGAUGGCUUGCACCUCAAAACUGAAACAAACUUUAUAAUUCAGAAAAGGCACAAGGAAAUCCUCAAAUCUUCUAGUGGAGUGGCCGAUGCACCAGGUCAUCACAAUUGUUCAGUGGUACAUGACAACAACCUUCAUUUGUGCCAUUUUUCUGGCAUGCCAACUGAUACAUUUGAUGCCAGGAAUAGCUUCAACUGCCCUGGAAACUUUGGACGCAAAGGAAAUUUCCAUCAUGGUUUUCCUAGAUCUGUCGGUUUGCCCUUGGAUUCAGGACCAAUUUUGCCUUUGCAAGCAGCCUCAAUGAGGCUUUCCUCUACGAAUUCGAUUUCUCUUCCAGAUCCAACUCCCGCAUUGUCAAACAAAGGGGGGAUUAGUGUAAACUCAUGCAUGCUGGAUGAGAAUUUGAGAACGCUUGCAUUGAGGCAUGUGUUGUCUAACCAAGAUCAUGCCAUUGCAUCUCUUGGAAACAACCAAGAGAAAGGGAGAUUCAGUAACUCUUGUGUAGAGAGAAAACAAGGCGCUGAUACAUCAACAUUAAAAGUACAAGGACAGGGACCCAUUCUUUCCAUUAAACGAGAUGCUUCUGAGGUUGCCAAGAAAUCUCUUCAAUCUGGUGCUACUUAUUGGACAGGUGGUUAUAGUGAUAAAUUAGCUCCUGUUGCAGAUGCGAAUAAGUGGUCCGAUUUCUCAACAUUCUUUCAAGGAACAUCUUUGCAUGCUAAAGACGUUGACAUGCUGUGCCAACACUCACGUGACCCUCAUUCAAAUGAUCAGCCUUUGUUAAGACUUGGGAGGUGUGAGAACAGCAAUGUUCCAUCAAAUGAGCAUGGGAAAUGCUGUCAGAGAUUACCGUAUACAUUUUUUCCAGGGAAGUGCAGUUGUGUUGCUCAGACUAAUUAUCUAGCUGGAAAUUGUGGGUUCAAAGGUGAAACAUCCCUUAGUGCCCCUAGAGAGGAUGCAGGAAGUGUUGGUGGCAGGGCCUCAACUUUUUUUACUUCUAAACAUCAUGAAAACAACAUUUUACUGAAGGAGAAAGCUAAUACUGUUGGUCAAACUGGCGAACCAAAUCAUCAGAACCAUAAAGAAGUUGAGUGUCAUGCUUUUCAGUGGAGAGAUGUGCCAAGAAAGGUGACAGGGAUGUGCACUGCAACAUGUAAAGACCAACCAGCCGAUUUUCUGAAUGGGAGGGAAAAGGCUGAGGAUGAAAUCGUUGCUACUGCUGCUGCUAAAUAUAACAGAUAUGUUCAGGAUGCUAAAUCCUUGAAGGAGCAAGAAGUGUCGAAUAUUUCUUCUGGGGGUUCUGCCCCUGCUGUUACUCAGGCAUCUACUGAAGUUAACAAGGAUUCUUGUGCUCUUGAUGCUGGGAACACUAUAUGUGCAAACAGUUAUGUUGUGGAUGAAGGAUCAGGAAUUGAUAGAUGCUGGUCAUCUGAUGAUGGACCUGACAGUGAAAGAAGUGCUGAAUUCCUUGGUGUUACCUGUAAUAUGAACCCGAUGAAUAAAAGAUCCUCUAAAGCAUUUGCUAAGCAAUCGUCUCGUAGUCUCAUUGACGAACUAAGGCUCAGAGAUUCAUUAAGGGCAAAUAAAGUACGAAAUCGAAUCAUUAAUGGCUUCACCAUUCAUGAAAAGACAAAUCUCGUGCAAAAACAUCAGGGAAUCUCCAAAACUGGGAGGAGAAAAAGGGGAGUAAAAUGGAAAAAGUUAGAUGCAUCCUUCCUGGACUCUGGCCUGUAUUCUGCUCAUAAUGAAUCGCCAACAGGUAUAGGGAAUGGUGAGCGGCAAUCCCAUUCAUCUGGGGACAUUCAGAUGAUACUUCAACCUAAUCGUGAAAGAUCUCAUAAUUCUUGUUCCAUUGGACCUAGUUUAAAACGCAAAAUAUCUGCGUUGUCUUCUUGUUCCAAAAUCAUGUCUCAGAAAAGAGAUCUAAAUAGACUUGAUUAUCAGAGAGAGGGAGCAAUUAAUUCAGAGACACAUUUGAGGAUCAAUGAUAAUUGUCUAGAAAUCUCUGGAGCCUCGGCCAGAAAAAGGUUAAGAUUGGAUCGAGCAGCUCCAAAUGUUAAGAAGGUCUGGAGGCAAGAACCACAUUGUAACCAUGCUGAAAUGACUGUGAAGAGGAGUUUAGUGGAUUACAUGAUGACUUCUUCCAGUCAGACUGUGACUGCUUGUUUAACGAAGGCAAGGCCUGUAGCAUGUGGGAAGUAUGGUGUUAUUUCUAAUGGUAAUUCAUCAAAGCCCGUGAAGAUCGUUUCUCUCACAAGGAUUCUUAAAUCUGCCAGAAAAAGUACCUGGGCCGAAAAUGACAGGUUGAAAUUAACAACAACAAAGGGGUUGAAGAAGAUAAGCAUUAGAAGAAGCAAUGGAUGUGCAGAAUCUAAUGAAUUUGAUCCUGGCAUUUCUUUGGAGGAAACAGAGGUACCAUGCUCUCCUAGUGCUACAGAAUGUGAUGAUACAUCAGAUAUGCUGGAGAAAGGAAGGUAUGACGCACAUGAGAAAAGUCAUAGUAUUCCAGGUAGUUGUCCUAGCACUCGUUUGAAGCCAAAAUAUAAGGAAGUUCGCAAGCGCAGCCUUUAUGAACUAACAGCAAAAGGGAAGGCGUCCAAUGUUGCAAAUUUUUCAGCGGCGAAAAAAUCAAAAUAUUUACCGCAACCAAAAUGCAAUUAUUUGGGGAAGUUUAUAACUAAUGCUCAAGAUGGUACGAGUCAUGCAAGUGAGCUGUGCAAUACUAACACAUCCACCAACGAGCAUUGUUGCCAGUAUGCUUCAGAUCUGGAUGCAUUUUGUUGCGUCUGUGGAAGUUCAAACAAAGAUGAAAUUAACUGCUUGUUGGAGUGCAAUCAAUGCUUCAUUAGGGUGCAUCAGGCUUGCUAUGGUGUUUCCAAAGUACCUAAAGUUCAUUGGUAUUGCAGGCCAUGCAGGACAAGUUCCAAAAAUAUUGUUUGUGUUCUCUGUGGCUAUGGAGGGGGGGCUAUGACUCGGGCACUGCGGAGUCGCAACAUUGUGAAAAGCCUUUUGAAAGCUUGGAAUUUUGUUACAGAAUCUGUUCCUAAGAAUCCGACUUCUCAUUAUGAAGCUGUGGAGGGUGAGUUGAACAUGUUGACUUCCUCGAGGUCUGGACUUGAAAACGAUACAUUUCCUGUUAUCAGACCCACACAUAUGGAGUCAUCUCCAGCAACUGUGUGGAAAGUGGACCUGCCGAAGCCAUGGGACUCUGAACAAAAUUCAUAUCGUUCUCCUAGUAACUCAGUGUUGCACAACAGUAUAACAGCUGGAGUUCUUGACCCAACUGUUAAGCAAUGGGUUCAUAUGGUUUGUGGACUUUGGACACCGGAAACACGUUGCCCAAAUGUUGACACCAUGAGUGCUUUUGAUGUAUCUGGUGCUCGUCCUAAAGCAUAUGUGGUUUGCUCAAUAUGUGACCGAGCAGGUGGUUCUUGCAUACAGUGCAGGGUUGUGGAUUGCUCUGUCCAGUUUCAUCCGUGGUGUGCCCAUCAGAAGGGGCUGCUGCAAAGUGAGGUUGAAGGUGUUGAUAAUGAGAAUGUUGGUUUUUAUGGAAGAUGUAUGCAUCAUGCCUCAGUCCAGCAGUGUAAUCCCAAUGGUGAUCCUUUUGACUCUGAAAAUGUUAAUCCUGGAGAAAAAGAGUUUACCUGUGCUCGAACAGAGGGUUACAAAGGUCGCAAACGGGAAGGCUUUCGGCAUAAUUUUCCUCAUCAAUCCAAUGGCAGUCGUGGAUGCUUUGUUCCACCAGAGCAGUUAAAUGCAUGGCUCCAUAUUAUUGGGCAAAAGUCAGGCAUAAAAGGAGUGUCUAAGCUGGAAACUUCAGAGAAACAAUAUGCUCGGUAUAAACAUUCAAAAGGUUGGAAGCAUUUGGUGGUAUACAAAUCAGGCAUACAUGCUCUUGGACUUUACACAUCUCGGUUUAUAUCUCGUGGAGCAAUGGUUGUUGAGUAUGUCGGUGAGAUAGUAGGGCUCCGUGUGGCUGAUAAACGAGAAAGCGAGUAUCAGUCUGGAAGAAAAUUGCAAUACAAGAGUGCAUGCUAUUUUUUUAGGAUUGAUAAAGAGCAUAUCAUUGAUGCCACUCAGAAGGGCGGGAUUGCUCGAUUUGUUAACCAUUCAUGCCUGCCUAACUGUGUUGCAAAAGUAAUCUCUCUGAGGAAUGAAAAGAAGGUUGUCUUUUUUGCGGAGAGAGACAUAUAUCCUGGAGAAGAGAUAACUUAUGACUAUCAUUUUAACCAUGAGGAUGAAGGUAAGAAAAUUCCCUGCUUUUGUAAUUCAAAGAAUUGCAGGCGUUAUUUAAAUUAAGAAAACUUGGUGUACAUUAUUCCUUGUUCAUAUUUUGCAACAAUAUAUCCAAUAUGAGCAUCAGCUUUUGGCUUCUCUUCACCGUGGGUUAAUUCCAAUUUUUCCAGUC